AUGUGGUCAAUAAUAGAAUUUGUGGAUGAAAAAACUGUGGAAGCGGUACCAAAUUAUUGGUUUAAAAACCAGAAAUGUGCUUGGCCAAAAAAGAACAUAAAAAAAAUGAUUCAAAACAGAGUUUACCCCAAUGUAUUAGAUUUUAAUUUUCAUGCUGCACGUAAAAUAGGGAAAGACAUUGAAAGUUAUAGUAUUGCUUCACAAAAAGCUAUGAAGGCCUUAUACACGUCAGAUUUGUCCACCAAUGAGUCUUCAUCUCAAAUAAAUGAGUUUGAAAAUACAUGUACCAACAAUAAAACAAAAAGAAAAAUUAUAUUAAAAGGUAAAAAAACUGAAAAUCCUUUGUUAUGGAGUCCUGCAUCUUGUGAUCUUUCAAAUGAUGAAAUUGAUGAUAGUGAUGCAGAUCCGAAUUAUAGUCCUCGUCACAUAGAAAAUAUUAGUCAUGAAACUCCAACCAAAAUCAUUGCUGCAGAGGAGAUAAAUAUUUCAAAUUCUUGUCCAGUCACAUCUUUAAAUGUAAAAAAACGUUUGGCGUUUGAUAUUCCUGAGCGCCAUUGUUCUCUGAGUCCAAGUGUGUUUAGUGGUGUCAAGAAAUUAAAAAAUAUUGGUCCAGAUACAAGAGUCAUAUCUUCAAAUAAAUUGGUUGGACACAAAUCUUCAGAAAUAGUUCAUACAACAUCGUCGCCUUUCAAAGUAACAUUGAACCAAUCUAUAGAGGAGUCAUCUGAUAUAAAUACUUCUUCGGCAGUUAAUAAUUCUGUACUAGAUUAUCUACAAAAAAUGAACCGAACAAUUUGUAAUAUUAAGUACGACUUGAACAUGAUGGCUGAUAAAAUUAAUAAUAUAGAAGGCAUGCUCUUCAAUGAUUUCAAGAGUGGAGAUCAAAGUAAAAGAAAUUGUGACCAUACAUUUCAAACAGAAUUCAAUAAUCUUUUGCCUCUUGAAACCGAGGAAAACUUGCAGACCUUUGAAAUUAAGCUUUUUAAUAAAGAAUUUAGAGCUAAAAUGGUUGAAGAAAUUAAACGGUACUCUCGAAACACAUUACCAAGCACUGUGCGUGCAAUUAUGCGCAUUAUUUUCCAAGAUAGACUUCUAGAAGAGUAUAGCUAUAAAGGAAUAGGAAAUAAGAAAGUUUUUUACACAUUGGCAACAUGUUCUAUUAUAUUUGAGGCAAUCAAAAAAAUGAAAAAAUUCAGCAAGUUUGAUGCUAAAGAUGUUGAAAAUCCUCUAAAAAUAUUUAUAGCUGGUGCCAAAUUUAGAGACUCUACACGCAAAAAUAAUCAAAAUCAGGAAGCUGAUCUAUUAGAUAAUGCAUCGGCUUCGGCUAAUACAUAA